AUGACGCGCAAGUCGAUUCUCUCUGUGAAUGCUGGUAGUUCAUCCGUCAAAAUCACAUUCUACACCUACGAGAAAACUCCACAGGUUAUUGCCAGUGCCCAGGUCUCUGGCAUCACCGCGCCGCCGGCAAAGUUCAAGUAUACGCUAGGCGAUAAGAAGCGAGAGGAGGAGGAGCUCAAGGUGCCUGUCAACAACCCUCAGGAUGCAUUCAAGCUACUCCUCGAGCGAUGCUUCAAUGAUUCCGACCUUUCAGAUAUUGCGAGCAGCGAUGACCUGGUAUACAUCUGUCAUCGCAUCGUCCAUGGUGGAGAGUUUGAGUCCUCGGCGGUGAUCAACAACGAGACGUAUCAUCAGCUAGAACAGCUCGAGGAUCUGGCUCCUCUACACAACUUUUCCGCUCUGGAAAUUGUCCGGCUCUGCAAAAAAGACCUGCCCAAUGUCCAGAGCAUUACCUUCUUCGACACCUCUUUUCACAAGACGCUGCCUCCUUAUGUGACAACGUAUCCUAUUGACCAGGAGACAGCCAAGUCAAACAAGCUCAGGAAGUAUGGCUUCCAUGGAAUCAGCUAUUCGUUCAUUCUGCGCUCUGUGGCAGAGCACAUGAACAAGCCAAUCGGCCAGACCAAUCUGAUUGCGCUGCAUAUUGGCAGUGGCGCCUCAAUGUGUGCGAUCAAAGACGGAAAAUCCAUAGAUACCUCAAUGGGAUUGACGCCCCUGGCUGGGUUACCUGGUGCCACACGCAGCGGUGAUAUCGACCCAUCGCUCGUGUUCCACUAUACCAGUGAGGCGGGGAAGCUCAGCCCUGCAAGUACCAAGGAAAUGCACAUCAGCACUGCAGAAGAAAUCCUGAACAAGAAAUCAGGCUGGAAGGUCCUCACAGGCACCACAGACUUUUCACAGAUUGCCGUGAAGGAGCCCCCGACCCCCCAACAUAAGCUUGCAUUUGACAUUUUCGUCGACCGUAUUGUGGGUUUCGUUGGUAAUUACUUUGUCAAGUUAGACGGGCAGGUUGAUGCUCUUGUCUUUGCGGGCGGUAUCGGUGAAAAGAGCGCGCUGCUAAGACAGGUGGUUGUUGAGAAGAUUCGCAGCCUUGGAUUUGGUAUUGAUGGCUCAGCAAACGACAAGGGGCCGAGCGAAAGCGAGACGGUGGUGGAUAUCACAGAAAAGUCCGAAGGUGUAAAGCGAGUAUUGAUCUGCCAGACAGAUGAGCAGUUUGAGAUGGCGUAUAAUUGCGUCCAGUCGCAUUGA